AAACCAUGACCGUUUUUUCUUCUGGUCUUCGUUCCUCAGUGGAGCUUAAAAACUUUCGCACACUGAACACACCCCUUUUGCUAAAUCGCAAACGCUGUUUUGGCAUCAGUGGAAUCAAAGGGCACAGCGCAGUUGGAUCUUCAAUUGAUCCCCGACGGAGUUUUACAAAGAAAAGAGAGAGGGAAAACUCGCUGCUGGAUGGAUUAAUUGCUGAUUCGUCUUUUUAUUUGGCAACGUAUCCUCAAUUACUCCAGCCAAGCUCCGACAGCAUGGACCUCCUGCCAGAUCUGUGGAGGCAUGAGUACUGGCUGCCUCCUGGGAUCACCUGGAGAGACAUGGAGCAGAUGCAGGAGUGUCCGCGACCCCGUGACCUGCUGUUCGCCUUGCCUCUGGCUCUGGGGUUCAUUGUCCUCCGUCUAGUAUUUGACAGGGUUGUGGCUCCCCCUUUGGGCAGAUGUGUGGGGCUGAGGAACCGAUUACGCAUGGCUGUCGCUCCCGCCACAAAGCUCGAGUCAUUCUACACCCAACAAAACCGACAACCAUCUCAGAGUGAUAUCAUCAGUCUAAUGGCACAAUGUGAUAAAACCCAGAGACAAAUUGAGACCUGGUUCCGUCACCGCAGAAACCACGACAGGCCCAGCUACACCAAGAGGUUCUGCGAGGCUUGUUGGAGAUUUUUCUUCUACCUCAUAGCGUUCCUAGCUGGACUCGCAACUUUGAUCAAUAAAUCCUGGUUCUGGGACCAGAGAGAAUGCUGGACAGGAUAUCCACAACAACCAAUUGAGAGGGCCCACUUUUGGUACUACCAGCUGGAGCUGGGCUUCUACCUCUCCCUGCUUCUCUGUGUCUCUGUGGACGUCAAGAGGAAAGAUUUCAAGGAGCAGGUGAUUCACCACAUUGCCACCAUCUUCCUGCUUGGUUUCUCCUACUGUUCCAACUACGUACGGAUAGGUACUCUGGUGAUGCUGCUUCACGACUCCUCUGACUUCCUCCUAGAGUCUGCAAAGAUGUUCAACUAUGGCACGGGCUGGAGGAAGACGUGCGACACGUUGUUUGUCAUUUUUGCUGCGGUUUUCCUGGUGACACGCCUGGUGGUGUUUCCCAGCAAAAUAAUCCACACAACUCUUGUGUUGUCCAUGGAAGUCUUUGAACCCUUUGCUGGCUACUACUUUUUCAACCUUCUUCUGAUGGUGCUACAAGCACUUCAUGUCUUCUGGGCUGUGUUAAUCCUACGGAUGGCCAACAAGUUUCUAUUCUUGGGCAAACUGGAUAAGGAUGAACGCAGCGAUGAAGAGAGUGAGCUGGAAGAAGAGGACGACGACGACGACAAGGGAGAGGGGGAGGAGAAAGACGAAGAGGGGGAGUGUUGUUGGGAGAGAAGUAAAGAUGCCCUGAACGCCAAACUGAAAAUGCUGAACAAAAGCUUUGUCUUAAACAACCUGACCAAUCACAGAGCUGCUAUUGUGAGCAAGAUGCGCAAAGCGAGGUAGAAUUAUGAACCUAGACAGAGUGAUUGUUUUCUGUCAACAAUUAAGUUACAUUAUAGACCAGUUCGAAUGGAGUACUUUUUCUCCAUCUGGCCACUAUUCCUCUCCGCAUAGUCUACUUGAUAGCAAUUGGUCUGCCUAUUUCAGUCUUUUCAAGACUGGAAAACUCUGUAUGAAAGUGUAUGAAAGAGAUUGCUUUCAUAUUUUGACUACAGAUUAUUUGUUGAAUUAAGAGAUUCAUGCUUCAGUAUACUGAAUGUUUGUCACAAAACGGUUUGAUAUCUCUAGGAAUUGUUUUGAGUGCAGUUUUUGUAAAUGUAAUUGUUUUGUAAUUCAACAUGUCGUUUUUCAACUAUAUAAUUGUAUUUCAUGGUCAAGAUUUAUAAUAGUGGGCUUAUCGUGAUGCUCCAGAGCUUUUGUAUAAUUUCAGCCAGUAAUUUAGAAAGUAGUGCUCGAGAGUCCCCUAAAAUGGUGCACAAUAGUGUACUACGUCAUCCAAUUCGUACAAUAUGUUAUGAAUUUGUAAGUGAUACAUCUCUUCUCUUAACACGUAUGGACCCAGAAUCCAGCAUCUGACCAAUUACACAAGACUUUAGUUCUGGGUUAACCAAGGUUAGAGUAGGCUACACUGUUGUAAAUGAUAGAGCUAUAUAACAUCUGUAAUGCAAUUGCAGAAAAACGGAUUUGACUAGUUUUGCAUGGAUCAACAAAAUACACUUAAAAAAUUAUAGUAUAGUGUGCUAGCCUAGCUGGCCUAGAUUACACAUGUCCUAAAAUGUAUAUCCGAGUGUGACUGGUGUUCUUUUCGUUUGACCAAUGUAUGAAGUUUUUACCAAGACAUUGGUAAAAAGUAUGAUUUUGGAACAAUACAUGAUUUAAUUCACUGAAGUCCUGCUAUGCUAACACUGAGUUUUCAAUAUUUAAUGAUCUUUUGCAUUGAAUUUACUCAAUUUACCUUUGGGCAGAGGGGUGCAGGUCAUUGUGUCAUAGCAAAUGCCGCCUAAUAGCAUCCUUUAAAUGGUGAAUAAACCAUCAUUUUGGAAUGUAUAGGCCAAACUUCAGUGACUUUGGUAAUUUAGUUGAAACUUUUAAUCAUGUGAAAUGCAAUGUAUCAAUUGUUGCAUGACAAUAAGUGCGUGUUGAGGCCUACCUGUUUUUAAAACCUCUACAGGAUCGGGUGGUUCCCCCGCGGGACGGUUGAGCUAACGUAGGCUUAUGUGAUUAGCAUGAGGUUGUAACAAGAACAUUUCCCAGGACAUAGACAUAUCUGAUAUUGGCAG